GUUUUUCUAACCUCACUUAUUAGUAAGGUUAGAAAGCAUGUGGAUUGUAACUUAAAAGUUCUAUUUAUCUUGCCAACGAAAUGGACAUUUCCGAGUUAAUUCUAACUACGUGUCGUCACUCGCAACAAUGGUCUGCUGCAUUAUGGGACUCUUCAACUGGGAGUAUCGUUCAUUGUUACAGAAACGGUGGCGUUGUGGCUCCUCAGACCCUAAACUUAAUCGGGGAUGACUACAUUCUCACAUCUGAGGAUGCCAAACCUAUCACACACGUCUGGUGUGUAAACAGUCAAGAAGUGGAAAAGAAAAUGAGUACAAUUCAUUCAGAGAAGAUUACGGCCAUGUGUGUUUGUCCUCAGUCUUGCUAUGUAGCUGCUGGAAUUGGGACAAAACUGUAUGUGUGGCAGUUGGCUUCUGGCAAGUUACUGUCUAUCCAGAAGAAGAAUUACCAACCAAUUACUUGUGUCAAGUUUUCAAAUGACGGCGCUUUUGUUAUUGUUGCGGGACAGGAUGGAAUGUUGGUUGUAUACAGUUUAGCAAAUUUAGUGAGUCUCCACAACAAUUUCGUGUCGCAAAGUGGGGGGCAAGUGGAACCGAUUUACACAAAACACGACCACAGUUUACCAAUAACUGACCUCCACGUGGGAAAUUUUGGCCCCAAAUCGCGGCUGGCAACAGUUUCCUAUGAUAACACUUGCAAAGUCUACGCCUUAUCAACAGGAACAUUACUUCUAAAUCUAGUUUUUGAGCAUCCCCUAAGUGCUGUUGUUUUUGAUGGGCCAUGUUGGAACCUGUUUUUGGGUCAAAAUUCGGGAAAAAUACAACAGUUUUAUUUGAAAGAACCUCCCAGAGGGUUGGAACAUCAUGUCAAGGACGAUCUGAUAUUCCAAGGACAUGAUAAACGCGUCACUUGUCUCGACUUGGGGAUAGCCAAUGGUGUGCUGGUGUCAGGUUCUGAUGAUUGUUUUGUUUUUGUUUGGGAAAUUGCCAGUAGACAAAUUUUACGCAGGAUUGAACAUAAAGGGGCCAUCACGAACGUUAAAUGCGUUUUGAAGCAUGAUAAUUUUUUUGUACAAAAUUUAAAAGCAAAAGUUGUUGUAAAAAAUUUUGAUAGGGGUUUGAUACAAGGGGAUGAUUUUGUUUUGAGUAAAAUUCAAGGAUAUGAUAUUGACGAUGAGGAUGAUGGCGAAGGAACAAGGGAAGAUAGUAGUGAGUUGAAGAAUGAAAAUGCCAAGUUGAGGUGUGUUAAUAAACAGUUAUAUGAUGCUGCGAUCCAGAUUAGUCGCAAAUACAACAAUUUUUAGUUUUUCAUUAAGAAUGUAUUAGCAAAAUUUUUAUAUAAUAAAUUCUAAAAUUUA